UGUACCAGAGAAGUCAUGUCGUAUUCUUUAGAACAGCGUAUUUUGAUCGUGGAGCUGUACAUGCGAACAGGCUCCUUCUGGUCGACAUGUGAAGGGUUCUUGGAACAAUACCCUGUGGCGAGCGCUCCUUCGAAACGCACCAUUCAGAAGUUUGUGGAAAAGUGGCGUACGACCGGUUCUGUGAGCAGUGCAACGGGAUCUAGGAAGACACCCACCCGUAUCCCGGAGGCUGUCGCCGACACUGUGGAUUGCAUGGAAAGAAGUCAUUUUGGGUCGACACGAGGAUUAUCACGAAUGUCAAGUCGACGUGAGCGAGUUAGGGCGCAGAGAAUCUGGUAUCAGCGCCGGUGGGGAGAACUAUCAGCACAGCCUUUAAAACGGAAGAGGAAUAAAUGUGUGAAGACGGAGAAGAAGAUUAUGUUCCCCCACUCAUCUCUCCUGGAUCGCUGUUCAUAUCCUCCUAAACAACAGCAAAACAAUGACUGUUUUACUCGGUUUCCAGUUAACCUUGCACCUGUUCUGUUCCCUACUCAGCAACUGAUUGAGUCAGAGUACAAUUUUAUGAAUGCCAACUUUCAUCAUACACCGCUGAAUGUUCUUUGCCGGUUCCCCUCAGGACAUGUAAAUCCUAGCCAUCACAACUCUCCUCACUCGCCUGCUGUGCCAACAAUACCUCAAGGAAGAAAGAGGAGGAGUGACGAACACAGUCCUUAUGACAUCAAGCGACAAAGAUUCAGUUCACCACAUGCUCUGCAUUUGUCUUCAGCAACUGGAUCACCUUCCAUAGCAUUUAACAGUGCAGCAGUGCCUUUACAAAAUGAAAGCAGAAACUCGACUCCAUCACCUAGCACAGUAGCAUCCCCACACACCCCAAAGCCUUCUGGCUGUGUACCACCUUUGUAUGGCUUCCAAAACCGGAACAUAUCAAGCAACCAAAUCAACAGUGGGAAAGAUAAGUUAAGUCAACAGAUAUUUGAUCUGUUCCACACUUGCCAACAACAGCAGGAUGAUCUUGAGAAGAAAGAAUUUUGCAGAGCACAAUUACAAAGAGAAAUCCAGACAUUAUUUCCAACAAGUCGUGUGUAUUUAGCUGGAUCGUCCUUAAAUGGCUUUGGUACCAGGAGUAGUGAUGCAGAUCUGUGCCUGGUGGUUCAAGAUGGACCGGUGAAUCAAAAAUCUGAUGCUGUUUAUAUUCUUAGUCUUGUACAGCAGUUAUUCUACCGGCUUCCUUAUAUAGAGAGACCUCAUCUUAUUCGAGCAAAAGUGCCCAUAUUAAAAUUCAGGGAUAAAGUCAGUGGAGUUGAAUUUGACUUAAAUGUAAACAAUGUUGUGGGCAUAAGAAAUACUUUCCUUCUCAGAACCUAUGCAUAUGUUGAAAAAAGAGUUCGCCCCAUUAUACUUGUAGUAAAGAAAUGGGCUCGGCACCGUGGAAUUAAUGAUGCAAGUCGUGGAACUUUAAGCAGUUACUCUUUAGUACUUAUGGUUCUGCAUUAUCUUCAGACACUGUCUAAACCUGUUAUCCCUAGUCUGCAAAAGGAAUAUCCUGAGUCUUUUAAUCCUACUAUGCAGCUGCACCUUGUGCACGAAGGACCAUCUAAUAUUCCUCCUUACAUUUCUAAGAAUGGGUCCACACUUGGGGAACUCUUCCAGGGCUUCCUUAAGUAUUAUGCUACAGUUUUCAACUGGGAAAAGUUAAUGAUUUCAGUUCGUGAAGCCAAAGCUCUCCCGAGGCCAGAUGGUGCAGAGUGGAAGAACAAGUACAUUUGUGUGGAAGAGCCUUUUGACCGAUCUAAUACUGCCAGAGCAGUUCAUGAAAAGGUGAAGUUUGAUGCAAUUAAAGCAGAGUUUAUGGAGUCCUGGCAAAAAUUGCGAGCAAAGAAAGAUCUAAAUGCCAUUCUACCAGUAAGAGCAACAAUACAGAAAAGAUAGCAAUCUGAUGGAUGCUCUUCAUAUCAAUGUGGGCGACAGGACAAAAUACGUAAAUGCUGGACCGCCGAAUGGGUUCAUCUUCUUUUCAGAUGAUGAUGGCACAUUUGCUGUCUUAUUCAACCUAUCGAAGUGCCAGUCUUGAUUUUUUUGAUGAAAACAAUUGCAGAUGCAGGUGGCCUACUUUCAAAGACAGAAAAUACAAAUGAUGUAGUGAUAUGUGCUAAUUAAUCACUGUUACCAAAAGAAAGAUGUUAAAAAAAAAAAAUCUGCUACCGUAUUAGAACAUUCUUUUUAUCACUUGGUAAAAUAUGUCGGCAGAAAUCGGGCUGUAGUAUACAUUGGUACAGUCUGCUCUUUGUCAAAUAUGGUCUUCUGCACAGUGUAGUAUGAUAUCUCGGCCCUCCAAGAUGGUGGUCAUCUUCAGCUUUAUUUCUUAUACUUGCACAUUUUGUGAUUGGCUAUGUUAUCUGGCCCAUCUUCACAAAGAUUAUUUUCAAUUAAGUCUUGUAUUUAAUAUACAAGAUUGUGUUCUAACCAACAUGCUACUAUUUAUUUUUACAUAAAUAGUCAUAAACUCGCUAAGCUUAUUUAUGAAAUAGAUAAUCAAUUAUGGUUCUGGUGAUGGUCCAGGUAUUAUAAGGAGCUGCUAUUAAAAUGAUACAAGCAUGUGGUCCAGA